CUCUUUUAAUACCGCUAGUAAUUAGGAUUCGCCGGCUCGGCGGACUUCGUAGGACGCGCAGGGACGCGCCACGUAUAAAAACAGCUGAUAACAUCUGCUUUUAUAAUUUUUUAAUGCUACAUUAUCGAUCAGAUAACACUUCUAAAGAUAAAUAAUUUAGCAGAAGGUCAUAAUGGCAGAUCAACUUGAACGAGUAACCAAAAAGUGACAAGCGCCGUUGUUACAAAUUGCGCAACACUCUUCAAAACAACAUGGAGAAUCUAACAGAACAGAUUGAAGAAAUCGAAGCUCUAUCUGCAAUUUAUGGCGAUGAUUUUCUCGUGAUCGACGAAGCGAACAGGAUCUACGAAAUCCGCGUUUCCAACGAGAAUGAUUCGUGGUGGUCAGCAACCCUACAAUUUCUUUUACCCCCUCAGUAUCCAGCGAAAGUCCCGCCUGUGUUUGAAAUCUAUUCUGCUUGGAUGAACGAAGCUGACAUGUUUGAGGCAUCGGACAUGUUGCACACUAUUUCUCGAGAGCAUCAGGGAGAAAUCGUGCUGUAUCACUGGGUGGAAGCAUUAAGAACGUUUAUCGACGAGAAGUUCACUGAUAGUCAAAACAAAGUUGACGAACAAAGCAAUGUUGAUCAAAUUAUUGAGACUGGUGAGCGUUUCUUUUCUUUUUCUUUUUUCCAUUCAAUUUUAUGCACAAAGUAUGCAGUGGGAAAUAGUUUUCGGAAUUUUUGGCUAUCAUUCAUUUUCAUGCGUUCAAGUAGCACGUUAGAGGUAGUGGACUUUGCUCGGUGAAUAUUAGUAUAGCCUACUUGUAACCACACCCUCCCUUUCUCCGUGUUUACUUUGUCAGGGGGAGGGUGCGGCUACACGUAUGCUAAGGAACGUUUCCUUUAAACAAUCCUUUAAAGCCCCAGUCUCUACAUACAGAUCCUCCAGACUGAUCUCCAGACUGAAAUUUAACAGAGUAUGAUUUUUCGCUUCUCGUAGAUAAAGACGAAAACAUACCGACAGGAGAGGAGGUGACAGAUGCCCAAGAAGAUGAAACUUUAUUUGAAGAAUCAAAGAAAUCUGAUUACUCAAAAUCUGAAGUUGAUACACUAAAAUUGAUUAAAAGUGCAAAAUUGGAUGAAAAGCCACAAAUAAUCCAUGGAGAACCAUUUACAGACAGAAAGAGUACUUUCCAAGCUCAUCUAGCCCAUGUUGUUACACAAGACCAAGUGCGACAAGUUCUUGAAGAACUGAAGGAAAACCGAAAAAUAAACAAUGCCACCCAUAAUGUAAUGGCAUAUAGAAUUUUCAUUGAUGAUAGGAAUUCUUAUCUUCAUGACUGUGACGAUGAUGGGGAAGCCAUGGCUGGUUCAAGGCUCUUACAUCUGUUGCAAAUCCUCAACGUGAAAAACAUUGUUGUCAUAGUAACCCGGUGGUACGGCGGAAUUCUUCUGGGUCCUGACAGAUUCAAGCAUUAUAAUAAUUGUGCAAGGGAUAUAAUGAAGGUCGCUGGACUAGUGGAAAGUAGCUCUGAUUUGAAAGAUUCUAAGAGUAAGGGCAGGUUUAAAGUCUGCAAGAAACAUUGAUUCUUCCCUUAUUAAAAGUUACUUAAAACUUUCAAAUUCUUGUGAUUGGAUUUAAAUUUUAACCCUGUUGAUGAAAUCACAUAUUGAGACCACUGAAAUAAAAGUUAUACCGGAGCUGCAUGCUUGUGCAAGCGGAGCCCC